GCAGAAAGCAAACCCGAUCCUUUCCCUCUUUCUAGGGAGGGAUACAACAAUCCCCAGGUGUCUGGUGAGAACCUGAUUGGCCUCAGCAGGGCCCGUCGCCCGCACAACGCUAUCUUUGUGAACUUUGAUGAUGAAGAAAUCCCAACUAAACCCCUGGAUGCUGCCGUACAGACCUGGAAGAAAGUGUGCACCAAUCCUGUGGAUAAAAAGGUGGAGGAAGAGCUGAGGAAGCUCUUUGAAGUCCGUCCUGUCUGGUCUCGGAAUGCAGUAAAAGCCAAUAUCAGUGUCCAUCCAGACAAGCUGAAACUUCUGUUGCCGUAUUUGGCCUAUUACAUGUUAACAGGUCCUUGGAGAAGCUUAUGGGUUAGGUUUGGGUAUGACCCCAGAAAACACCCUGAAGCAAAGAUUUAUCAAGUACUGGACUUCCGAAUUCGCUGUGGAAUGAAAUAUGGUUACGCCCCGAAUGAUAUGCCCGUGAAAGCAAAACGCAGCACGUAUAACUACAGUCUGCCCAUCACUGUGAAGAAGCCAGUAAGUCAUACAGUCAGUGUACAUGAUCUGAAACAGGGGCUUGGUACGUCCGGUGCAUCCGGUGCAAAAAAGCCUGCCUCCAGCAGGUAUAAACUGAAGGAAUCCAUCUACAUUUUUCGAGAAGGAGCCUUACCCCCUUAUCGGCAGAUGUUCUACCAGCUCUGUGACUUGAAUGUGGAAAGCCUACAGAAAAUCAUCCGUCGGAAUGAUGGCACAGAGUCAGAAUGCACAGAGCGGGAUGGAUGGUGCCUUCCAAAGACCAGUGAUGAUCUGCGAGAUACCAUGUCUCUGAUGAUAAAGCAGAUAAUCAGAUCCACAAGACCUGCUCUUUUCUCAAGUAAAACAAGCAGUGAAGAUGGCAAAGAGCAGCUGGCAUAUGAGUCUGGCGAGGACGAGGAUGAGGAGGAGGAGGAGGAAGAGGACUUCAAGCCUUCUGAUGGGAGUGAAAAUGAAAUGGAGACAGAAAUUCUGGACUAUGUGUGA